ACCCACUCCCGUCUCCCGAGGCCUGAGGAGGGCCUCCCGCCCUUCGGGGCCCGCACACCCACGGAGUCACUCCAGCUUCUGGGCGCUCUGUGAGGCGAAGGCCGGUCCAGGACAAGCACGGGUCUCUCCUGCCCUUUGAGUGACCACAGAGGACCACAAUGAAUGAGGUGAAAGAGUCCCUCCGCAGCAUCGAGCAGAAGUACAAGCUCUUCCAACAGCAGCAGUUCACCUUCAUCGCGGCCCUGGAGCACUGCAGGGAAAAUGCCCACGACAAGAUCCAGCCCAUUGCCAGCAUCGAACAGGUGCAGAGCUACAUGGAGCACUACUGCAACAGCUCCACAGACCGGCGGGUUCUGCACAUGUUCCUGGACAUCUGUUCUGAGCUGAAUGGGCUCUGCCAGCAGUUUGAGGCCUUGCAUUCAGGCACCCCGGUCACCAACAACCUCCUUGAGAAAUGCAAAACCCUGGUUAGCCAGAGCAAUGACUUGAGCAGCCUCAGAGCAAAGUACCCACAUGAUGUGGUGAACCACCUGAGCUGUGACGAGGCCAGGAACCACUACGGUGGCGUGGUCAGCCUCGUCCCCAUAGUCCUGGACUUAAUGAAAGAAUGGAUCGCCCACUCGGAGAAGCUGCCCCGCAAGGUGCUGCAGCACGGGACGACUUAGCUUCUGUAUUGUUGCUUCCUCGAGGGGAGACAGUCAAGAAUAAAAAGUGUUCUAUCACCUC